AUGGUAGCUCUUUCCUUGAAGAUCUGUGUCCGCCAUUGCAAUGUAGUGAAGACGAUGCAGUUUGAACCAUCCACUGCAGUGUAUGAUGCUUGUAGAGUUAUUCGUGAACGAGUGCCAGAGGCUCAGACGGGGCAAGCCUCUGACUAUGGAUUGUUCUUAUCGGAUGAUGAUCCUCGAAAAGGUAUAUGGCUGGAGGCUGGAAGAACGCUGGAUUAUUACAUGCUGAGAAAUGGGGAUAUACUGGAGUACAAAAAGAAGCAGAGACCUCAGAAAAUACGUAUGUUGGAUGGUUCAGUGAAAACAGUCAUGGUGGAUGAUUCCAAAACAGUUGGUGAAUUACUGGUUACUAUUUGCAGCAGGAUAGGAAUAACGAAUUAUGAGGAAUAUUCCUUAAUCCAGGAGAGCAUUGAAGAGAAGAAAGAGGAGAGUACAGGAACACUUAAGAAAGACAGGACGUUGUUGCGUGAUGAAAGAAAAAUGGAAAAAUUGAAAGCAAAGCUUCAUACAGAUGAUGAUUUAAAUUGGCUGGAUCAUAGCCGAACGUUCAGAGAACAAGGAGUCGAUGAAAACGAAACACUACUGUUGAGGCGAAAGUUCUUUUAUUCAGACCAGAAUGUAGAUUCAAGAGAUCCUGUUCAGCUUAAUUUGCUUUACGUUCAGGCUCGUGAUGACAUUCUCAAUGGGUCCCAUCCUGUCUCCUUUGAGAAGGCCUGCGAGUUUGGAGGCUUUCAAGCGCAGAUCCAGUUUGGACCUCAUGUAGAACACAAACACAAACCUGGAUUUUUAGAGUAA